AUGCGUCCGAUUUGGCCUCAGAAAAACCCAAUGCGCAAGCCUAGCGUGGAGCAAUCCCCGGAUCUGCCGUCCAACGCGUACUCGUCCAGCGGUUACGGACAGCAGGCUUCCUCCGCGUUCUGGCCCAGUAACAAUCCGGCCGGCCGGCGGGCCUACGUGCUGCUUCUCACGCUGCUGUUGCUUCUGUUUGCUGCUGCUUUGAGCAGCGUGUUGGCAUUGCUCAUACUCAACCGCGGCGGUUGGGCCGGGACCGAGGCCGAUGCCACGAUCGCCCAGAGCGCGACCCUGCCCACUGGUCCGAUCCAAAGGCACCCCGCUGACGCGAUGGCUCCUCACGGUCGCGUGGAACCAACGCCCAAGGAGUUCACGCGGGGCAAGCGCUACUACCGUGUUGCUUACGUGGACGAAGCUGGUGGGCAUCUUUUCGUCGGAGCCAUGGAUGCGUUGUACAAGAUGCAGCUUGACGACAUAAGCAGCAACUUCUACCAGGAGCUCCAACUGUUUCCUCCGCAAGACCGCGUAAGAGCCUGCAAGACCCUCGGAGGACACCAGCUGGGCAGGAACGUUGACUGCCGCAACCACAUCCGCGUGGUGCAGCCGAUAAAUGACGGAAGCACGCUCUACAUCUGCGGCACCAACGCCAGGGCGCCCACGGACUGGCAAGUCAUGGCCGAAGACUUGACGCUGGUUCCGGUCGCUCAGCAAAAGACUAUCUUUGAAAGCAACGAGACCGGAAAGGCGGAAGGACGUUGCUCUUACUUCGUCUCCCAGGACACUUCGUCGCUCUGGCUCGACGAUGCUCCCGAACCUGGCACGGCGAGCGUGGUGAGCAUAUGGCCCCUGUCUGGCAACAAGCACGCCUUCUACCGCGCGCCCAUUCCAGACGAGAACUCAAAUUCGCAACGCUACCCCCACCUGCUGACCGACACCAGUAGCACCGCCGUCCUUCUCG